CUAACCCUCAAUUUGAUCAGAAAAACAAGCAUGGCGACACCCAUACACGUGAAACCUAAGGCGAAAUGGAGAAAAAUCAAAAUCAACAAAGGAUUAGGCACAGGCCACGAUUUCUCAGGUCUGAUAUGUAUGGAAGAAUUGACGGAUUACGAAUUGAUAUCAAAGGAAUCCUUACAUCAAUCAAAGCAGAGAAAAAAGGAUGAAAAGGAACUAAAAGGAACUGAGAAAUCUAAAAAGGAUAUUUUAAGCAAAAAGAAAAAAGAGAAAAAGAAGAAAAAGAAAAAAGAAAAUACAGCAGAAUCAGCUGAUGACCAUGUAGUAGAGAAAAAGAAAAAGAAGAAGAAAAAGGGUGAUCUUAUAAAACUUUCUCAAGUAUCAGAUUUGGCCGAGGAUUUAUUGAAGGAAGAGUCGACACAUUCAAAAAACAAAAAGAAAGCUAGAAAAAGAAAGAAACAAGAAAACACGGUCAAAGGGGAAGGUCCAAGUCCAAAGAAGAAAAAGAAGUCUAAUAAGCCUGUGAUACCAGAUCUGGAGGAAAAAGAUGAAAAUGAAAAAAUGCCUCAAGAGAAAAUUUCUACAACAGAUAUGGUGGCAUGGAAAGAUAUGUAUGUACCAGCCCCAGUACUGCUUGCCCUACAAGAAGAUGGAUUUGCAGUUCCGACCCCAAUACAGACCCUAGCCCUGCCUCAUGCUAUCAGGGACCGACUGGACAUAGUGGGUGCAGCAGAGACAGGAAGUGGCAAGACUCUGGCGUUUGGUAUUCCAAUGAUAGAUAAGAUAUUAAAAGUUAAACAGGGAGAGGAAAACAGAAAGAAAAAACGUGUCAAGGAGGAAGAUGAUAGUGGUUCAGACGGAGGACUGGAGGAUAACAUCAAUGAUGAAAUGAGUGAUGAAAUAGACAAUGAUAAUGACAACAAACUGGGAGAUGAAACGAUAGAUUCUGGUGAUGAAGAUGAAGAGGAAUUAUUGUUUGAUACAUCUAAUAUUGAUGAUGAAGAGGAAAGUGAGGAUGAAGAGGAACAAGAUGAAGCAGAGGAGGGUGAUGAAAGUGAAGAUGAAAAUGAUGAGGAAGAGUUGGGGAGUGGGGAGGAAGAAUUGGUUGAGGGUGAUGGAUUUGGAUGUGUGAAGGUCAUAGACAAUGCUGACUUCUCAGAUCUCCUAGGCCAGUUUGAGCCAGUGAAGGCCCCCAAGUUUCCACAGAAACCACCAUUAGCCCUUGUGUUGGAACCGACACGUGAACUGGCAGUUCAAGUGAAGAACCACCUUCUCCGAAUUGUCAAACACACGGAUAUCAGGAUAGUCACAGUUGUGGGUGGACUGUCCAUGGAGAAACAACUGAGAGUCCUAAAGAAGUGUCCGGAGGUUGUGGUGGCUACACCUGGUCGUCUGUGGGAGCUGGUGCAACAGGAUAGCACAUACCUAUCAUUGGUGUCCGAGAUCAGAUGUCUGGUAGUCGACGAGGCUGACAGAAUGAUAGAAAAAGGGCAUUUUGAGGAGCUUACUCACAUCCUUAACUAUAUCAACAGGGAUGCAGAGAAGAAACAAAAAAGACAGACAUUUGUAUUCUCGGCCACACUCACAACCCUUCACUCAGGACCACACAGACAUGUCACCAAGAAGGUCAAGGUCACAGAGGAACUGAAGCUGGAAAAAUUGAUGAAGAAAAUUGGUCUAAAGGAUCGUCCCAAGGUGAUUGACCUGACCAGGAAGGUUGGCACUGUAGAAACCCUGACAGAGGCUCGUAUCAACUGUACGAUGGACGAGAAGGACCUUCACCUGUACUACUUCCUGAAGCAGUACCCUGGUCGUACCUUGGUCUUCGCCAACAGUAAGGACUGUAUCCGUCGCCUUGUGUCCGUGUUUACCCUCCUCAACGUCAACCCACUUCCACUUCACGCGGACAUGCACCAGAAACAGAGGCUCAAAAACCUCGAGAGAUUCACAGCCAACCCCAGGGGUGUUUUAUUGGCGUCUGAUGUAGCAGCACGCGGACUGGACAUCCCUAACGUCCAGCAUGUUGUCCACUACCAGGUCCCAUACACUGUGGAGAACUACAUUCAUCGCAGUGGGAGGACGGCCCGUGCCACCAAGGAGGGCCUCAGUAUCAUGUUAGUAGGACAGGGGGACGUCAAGAACUACCGCAAGGUCAUCGGCUCUCUCAACAGAAGUGAGGAGCUGCCUGUCUUCCCAAUCAACCACCAGAUUCUGACAGUCAUGAAACAGCGGGUCGAUUUGGCCAAAGAGGUGGACAAGCUUGAACACAGUGUGUCCAAACAGAAAAGACAGAACGACUGGUUUGAGAAAGCCUCCAAGGAGGUGGACAUAGAUCUGGAUGAAAACUUACUGAACUACCUUGGGGACUCGAGGGAGCAGUCCCAACAUAAGCAUGAGCUUCAGCAGCUCAAGGCAGAACUGAAAGCUAUGGUUAAGUCAUCUGUCAUUCCGAAAAACUUUUCUGGGAAAUACCCCACACGGACUGGACAACUAGUGAUACCUCACACCGCAGAUAUGAUGAAAGAUGCAAUAGAAAAUGUGAAAAACGACAGAAAAAGUCAACAGAAAAUGAUGGACAAAAUACGAAUAGCUUCACUAAAACGUCAACCGAAGCUUGAGAAAAAGAAGAAAAAAUGGAAGAAGAAAGGAGGAAAAUAAAUUUGUUAAAUUUA